CGGGGCCGCGCGGCUUCCGUUUCCGGCGCGCCUCGCUCUGGUCCCUGCGGCGGCGGCCGAGCCUUGUGCCUCCGCCAUAUUGUCUGUGUGCGGCGGCGGCGGCGGCGGCAGCGGCCGCGCCAGGUGGAGGAAUCUGAGGCCUUUCUCCUCUGUCAGCACUGCAGACCAGGUCGCCUCUGAUUUCACAUCUCACUUCCGCCUGCCAAGCUGUCUGAUAUGUCGGGACCCGUGCCGAGCAGGGCCAGAGUUUACACGGAUGUAAACACACACAGACCCCGGGAGUACUGGGACUAUGAGUCUCACGUUGUUGAGUGGGGAAAUCAAGAUGACUACCAGCUAGUUCGAAAAUUAGGCCGAGGCAAAUACAGUGAAGUAUUUGAAGCCAUCAACAUUACAAAUAAUGAAAAAGUAGUUGUUAAAAUUCUCAAGCCUGUUAAAAAGAAGAAAAUCAAGCGUGAAAUCAAGAUCUUAGAGAACUUGCGAGGCGGUCCCAAUAUAAUCACCCUUGCAGAUAUAGUAAAAGAUCCUGUGUCUCGAACACCCGCUCUGGUUUUUGAACAUGUAAACAACACAGACUUUAAGCAAUUAUACCAGACACUAACAGAUUAUGAUAUUCGAUUCUACAUGUAUGAGAUUUUGAAGGCUCUAGAUUACUGCCAUAGCAUGGGAAUCAUGCACAGAGAUGUCAAACCUCACAAUGUCAUGAUUGACCAUGAGCACAGAAAGCUUAGACUAAUAGACUGGGGUUUGGCUGAAUUCUAUCACCCCGGCCAAGAGUACAAUGUCAGAGUGGCUUCCAGAUAUUUCAAAGGACCUGAACUUCUUGUAGAUUAUCAGAUGUAUGAUUACAGUCUGGAUAUGUGGAGCUUGGGUUGCAUGUUGGCUAGUAUGAUAUUCCGAAAGGAGCCAUUUUUCCAUGGCCAUGACAACUAUGAUCAGCUGGUGAGGAUAGCCAAGGUUCUGGGGACAGAAGAUCUGUAUGACUACAUUGACAAAUACAACAUUGAGCUGGAUCCACGUUUCAAUGACAUUUUGGGCAGACACUCCCGUAAGCGAUGGGAGCGCUUUGUCCACAGUGAGAACCAACAUCUGGUGAGUCCAGAAGCUCUGGAUUUCUUAGACAAGCUGCUGCGAUAUGAUCACCAGUCACGACUCACAGCGAGAGAAGCCAUGGAACACCCCUACUUCUACCCCAUUGUGAAAGACCAGGCUCGGAUGGGCUCGUCCAACAUGGCGGGUGGCAGCACUCCUGUCAGCAGUGCGAGCAUGAUGUCAGGGAUUUCUUCAGUGCCAACACCUUCACCCCUUGGACCUCUAGCAGGCUCACCCGUCAUCUCUGCCACCACCACCCUGGGGAUGCCGGUUCCAGCUGCUGCGGGCGCCCAGCAGUAGUGACGGGCUCUGUCUCCUGCUGCCUGAGCUGAGUCAGGUGGGGAAGAGGUUUCCCCCUCCACCUCUCCUCAGGACGCAGCUUGUGCCUGGCAGGGGAAGGGAGGGGAUGAACGCUUUGGAGACACCGUGUCUGAACUGUUGCUUGUGGAUUUAUAGUAGUUCAGUCAUUAUAUACAAAAUUAUUAUAGGCUGAUUUUUCUUUUUUUACUUGAACUUUUCGUAACUCAGGGGAUUCCCUGAAAAUACCUACAGAUGGAAUACUUCUUGGACAGUUUUUCUUUUCCCCCCCACCCCUCCCCCCAAAAAAAAAAACAAAAAACAAAACAACUCUUCAUGUAAUAACAAAGAUGAAAUCAACAGCAUUUCCAAGCUCUUGCAUCCUGCUGGAAAUCUCUUCUCUUCAUGUUCCCAUCAUUAUUCCUCCACAAGCCUUGGAGGAUUGUGCUGUUCUCCAGAGACUACCAAACCAAGUCUUCAUGAGGCAGGGGAGGGGAUUCUUAAAGUACCACUCACUAGAACCCCAUGUCCUGCAUAUGUCCCAGCCAGGGUACACUGAGGAGACAAUUCCAGUAGGGAGAGGUGGGAUAAGCUUAAAAAGAGUAAGUGCAGAUAGUGUCCAAAAUUCUAAUUGGAUUGGAUAAUGUCUCCUUAGGAGUCAACCAGAAUGCUAACUCACCCCUUGCAUGUAAUUUUAGUCUUAAAAAUGAAGUUACUGAUCCAGUUGGAGUCCUUGGCACCUCCUUAGACAGGUGCUUCUGUAGAGUAAGCCCUGCUCUGAUCAGCCCCUUUCUCGUGGAGGGUUCUUCCAGCCAUUGCUUGGCUUGGAUCUCUGGAAUUAAUUUGUUAUUGGGUAUAUUGUUUUUAAAUUGUUUCUAUAGGUUUCGAGCUGGUGGCUACUUAAAGCUGGAAAAAUCAGACUGCGCCAAGUCCGAUCCCACAUCUUCACCCACCAUCCCCUCCCUCACGUGCCAUGUGGUGAGAAUACCAGUUACCUCACAGUCUUGUAAAUAUGCACUGAGAGGAAGGAGCCAGGAGACGUUAACUUAAACUGAAAUGGUAGAUCAGUAAUUGUGGACAAAUAUUAUCAUUGACAACGGAAAAGCACCCUUGUUACAGCCCUGCUACCCCUUGCUGUGUAUAUAUACUUUGUCCUUCAUAUGUGAAAGAUCCAGUGUUGGAAUUCUUUGGUGUAAAUAAACAUUUGGUUUUAUUUAUCGAGGUUAGAUUUAAGUUCCCUGUGUAGAGGCCUCCCUGGGGUGGUCAUACACUGACACAGGAGUGGUGACAGCCACAUGUGCCCUGGGCAGGCCAUGUCCCUGUCACACCCAUGGGGAGCAGUGCAGAGAAGCCUUACACAGAUGUCACAAAGCCAAAGUAUCUCCUGGGAGAAGGAUCUUUUGCCAUAACAAAACCCCUCCUUUUCUGUCUCAGCCAUGAUGGUGGGGAAUUGAGGUGAUGAACCAAUUAUUAGUUGUUUGCCUGUUGCAACUCACUGGAUUUCUGUGACUUGUUUUCAGUCACCUAAUGCUAGGCUGGCUCAGCUGGUGUGGCUGCAGGCACGAUGGCACCUGUGCCUCACAGUGCCCUCUCAUCCCAAAGCCAUUGCAGUUGUUCCUGUGGACAUUGAGUGAUUUUCGCCUUCCUCAGUGGGUGCUGAAGCCUUGGCCUGCAGCUCCUGCUUGUCCAGGCACCCAUCCCUCGUCUGUUCUCUGGAGAGGAUGGACAUGUGCUUCCAUGUUGCUUAGUUAAUUUUAGGAUAGAGCAGGUGGGCUGGAUUAAACUGAUACAUGGGACAUGGAGAUUGCCAGCAGGGAGAUGAGGUUUUUCACAUGCACAGGAUAGCUUUCUCCUCCAUGCCUUCAUCCAGUGGAAAUCCAUUGUACUUAAUCUUUUAUAUCCUAAAGUGAUGUGAAAGUUGGACUGUGUUGACUGUUACCUCAAUGUGCUGUACCGUAAAAGCACCCAGUAUGACAAAAUACAGCUUGUUUGCACUGGUUCUGA